CGAUUCAUUAAACUGCGAACUCUCUCUCUCUCUCUCUCUCUCUCUCUCUCCCUUUUCCUUGUUACCUUGUUCAUUCGAAGAAACUUGUCAUUUGUUUCGUUACAAUUAUUACUGAAUCUCGUUCAAUUUUUUUUAACUUGAUUACAAAAAUCACUCAUGCUUCGAUUUCUUUCCAAUGGGUCAAAUCUUUUUCAACAUUUUACAUUCACCCCAGUUACUACGAAAGCCUUGCCAAUUUUUACGUCUGCAACCUAUUCGACGAAAGUCCUAGCCCAAAGCGAGGUUGAAUUGCAAAAAUCUGGAGACACAUGGAAGGAUGCCGCUGAAGUUUUGAGUAAAUGGGGUUGUAGUGAUGAUGAUUUGAUGACAAUUUUCGCUCGUUGUCCCUCGUUGCGUAAUGCUGAGCCUUCUCAAGUUCAAGCUAAACUUUGCUUGCUCAGCGAAUUGGGUUUAGAGUCAUCUGUACUUUUGAAGAUUAUCAAUUGUAGACCUCGAUUUUUCAGGUAUCGGAUUAACCAUAAAUUCAACGAGAGGCUUGAAUUGCUUACGUCAUUGUUUGAGUCAAAGGAUUUACUUCAUAAAGCCAUUGCAAGAAACCCUUCAUUGCUAUGUGAAAAUAACUAUGACAUCAAAGGUGUUUUUGCACAAUAUGAAGAGUUAGGUGUGAGCAAAAGUGAUCUGGUUCAAAUGAUGAUUUUGCGGCCUACAAUUGUUUCCAGAACUUCCUUUGAUGAUGAGAAGAUGGAAUAUAUAAGUAGGAUCGGGGUUUCCAAGGAUUCAAAAUUGUACAAAUAUGUGGUGACAUUAAUAGGCAUCUCUCGCAUCGACACAAUUCGCGAAAAGAUGUUGAAUUUGACAAAGUUUGGUUUUUCGGAAGAUGAGAUACUUGCUUUUUUUGGGAAGUCUCCUAAUAUUUUGACAUUGUCAACUGAUAAGGUUCAGAGGCAUAUGACAUUCAUUUUAGGCACAAUGAAGCUUGAGGCUAAGAUGAUUUUGACAUACCCUCAUCUCUUGUUUGUUAAUUUGGAGACUGUUUUGAAGCCACGAGUGCUUCUAGCAUUGAAGAUACGAGAUAUGGAUUCUAAUAAGCAAUUACCCUCAACCGUUAAGUCAUUGAGGAUGUCAGAGGAGAGGUUUAUAAAAUUGUUUAUCAAAUGCCAUGACAAGGAAAUUGCUGAUGAGUUAAUGGAAUUUUAUAAAAGGACAAAAGAGGUUAAGAGAUUAGCAGCUUCAUCAAAGAAUUGCCGUGCUAGAGGAUUCCCAUUUUGAACUACUUUUAUAUGCUAUGCAAUAAGUUUGGAGCUGAAGUUGAUUUCUAUUUUGUGGAAAUUAUUUUUCUGAUUCUUAUUAUUAGUUUUGUGUUACAGGUGAGCUGCUAAGUCUUGAAGUGAAGAAAUAAUGUAGGAUUGUGAAGUUUAUUCCUCAUAGCCCUCUGGUAUUGAUGUAAAUUUUAUGUUGGAUGUUAUUACAAAUGCCAAUGCACUAAACCUUAUUUAUGCUUAUAUUAGAAUCCUAUUCCAAAUUAAUUAAGUAAACAGAUUAUGGAAACGAGUCCUAAAAGAGAACUUUCGAUAACUCAAUUGGGCUGGCCUAGUGAUUUCAUGUUGUGUUUGGUACACAAGUGAGAAGAGUAUGUACAAAGAUAUUCUUUACUGAGAGGUUUCUGGUUUGAUCUUUUGUGAAAAAUAAAUCUCUUAGAGAGACAUCAUGUUUAUCAAUUUCUUUAAUGAGAAACUUCUGUUAAUGUGCUUUAUGUUCCA